UGAGCGGAGAAGCAUCAGGAAGAAACACGGGAAGAGCCAGAUGAAUUGCCUUCAUCUCUAACCUGAUAAGGUGGCGGUGGUGGAAGUUUGACGAUGGAAUACAUCGACAUGCAAAAUAUCCAAACAUUCGGUGUCAUAUGGAUUCACACAUCCACCUAUAAAUACCACACCAUGGCACACACAGGAAGUAAGCAGGCAACUUCAGAUGGCCAUCCUCUUCCUCUUCUUCCUGCUUGCUUUCCCGUUCUCGGUUUCCUCCUUCCCGGGUAAGAUGGAAGGUGCAGCCGACGCGGACACGCCCCCCGACGCCGGGGGUGGUGGUGGUGCUCAUGGUGGCGGCAGCGGCUCCGGGCCCGGUGGCAGCUGGGACUACAGCUGGGCGUGGGGGUCCAGCCCCGGGAAGGGGUGGGGAUAUGGCUCCGGCCAUAGCCAAACUCCGGGGGGGAACGGGGAGGGUUCCGGGUAUGGAUUCGGGUACGGGACUGGAUCGGGAUCAGGAUCAGGAUCGUCAUCCGGCUACGGCUACGGCGCCGGCAGCAGCAGCAGCGGCAGCGGCAGCGAGGGCGAGCCGGAGAGAGGAGCGUACGGCUAUGGCGCCGGCUCUGGAGGACAGGGUGGCGGCUAUGGUGCAGGCGGUGGCGGUAGCGACGGCGGUUGGAGCUUCCGCGGCGGCCGGCCGCCGCAGUACUGGGAUCACAACUGUUGUUAGGGACCUAUGUCCUGAGAAUGCAAGAACGUUUCCUUCUUCAUCAGAUGCUCUGAUUGUUGUGUCAUAUAUAUAUAUAUAUAUAUAUAUAUAUAAUCUAGUUAAGAAAGAAGGACGAUUGAGUUGGACA